AGGAAUAUCUUUAGUCUACAUUGGUUUUGUCUCCUUCAUCGCUCUUGGUCUCAUCAUCAUGACAACUGCAGUGAUAUUGACCACCAUUAAGAGCAAAAAUAAGGAAGUUUGGAUUUAUUUUCAGUAAGGAAAUCAUCUCAAGUUUAUUUUUCUGAGGUCAGACAUUUUUUCACAAGAAAUAAAAUGUGAAGUGAAAAUUACUGAGCAGCAGUCUAGUGUUUUAUGCUGUGAUAAAGAGUUACAAAAGAUGAAGUCUGUCUUUAUUUCUCUUUUGUUGGUCAGUUGGUUAACUUUAGAGACAUGUCAAGAUAUGACAGAUGCAUAUUAUGAUAUCGAAUAUAUAACUGCUGACUAUGAUUAUGUACCAGUGACAAGAGUCCCGGUGCCUCCGAAUAUUACAGUGUACCAUCAGGUGGACGACAGAGAACAUGUGAUAGUGAUGUGCACAUUUGAAAGUGGGAUUCAUUGGUUUGGCUGGAGCUCUUGUGAGCUAUCUGUGAAAACUGAACAUAACUACACCCUGGAUAAAAUUAGAAACAGAGAUGAUGUGAAUUUAUUUGUGGUCACAGUGAACCCACCUGUUUCCUUUACCUGUAUGUGUAUGACUACAUUUAAUGAAAACAUCACAUACAGUGAGGCUUACAUUUUCGAUCAAUCUGGCAACUUGAAUAUUCAAGUUCGUAAGGGCUCAGAUCAUCAUGGGGAAGGAGUUUCUUUAGUCUACAUAGGUUUUGUCUCUUUCAUCACUCUUGGCCUCAUCAUCAUGAUUGCUGCAGUGAUAUUGACCACCAUUAAGAGCAAUACUAAAGGAGCCUCGCCCAACAUCACAGUUAUCAACAAUGACUAUGAGGAUGCAUAAAUAAUCUUGUGGCUUUCUGAAGGAAGAAAAACUGAGAGAAAGGAGAAGUUAGAUUAAUAUGUUUGGCAUGGUUCAAGUUUUCUACAAGUACUUCAUUCACAACCAUUAACACCCAGAUUACUCUCUACUAAAGAUGACAUGUUGUUAAUCUCAUUUGGUCAAUUUAAAUUUGUGUAUUACAGUAAAUGUAAUGUUACUGUUUCUGUUAGAUGAAAUGCUGAUGUUUGCAUGUGUUUACAGAUAAGAAAUUUCAUGUUAAGCAUCUUUUGAUGAAACAAAAUAAAAUACAAUUAAAAAUA